GUGCUCCAUCCUUCCCUUCAAAGCAGCAACAGGACACACUUCUUCCCCACAAGUCCUUAGCCGCAGAGUGUGGAGGCCCCAUCACUAUGACGACGCUCAUGGACCACAUGCAGGGUUAUGGGGUGUACACCACCGAGUACCUUCAGACCAACUACAAGGAGGCCCAGGGCUGGUUCCUCUUCGUGUCCUGGGCCGCGGACCUGCGGAACACGUUCUUCGUGUUCUUCCCCCUCUGGUUCCACCUGAAGGAGUCGGUCGGCACCAAGCUCAUCUGGGUGGCCGUCAUCGGAGACUGGCUCAACUUGGUCUUCAAAUGGAUUCUAUUUGGAGAGCGGCCAUACUGGUGGGUGCACGAAACCAGCUACUUCGGUGACUCAAAACCGCACAUCGAGCAAUACCCCAUGACCUGUGAGACGGGUCCAGGAAGUCCAUCAGGUCAUGCCAUGGGAGCAGCAGGAGUCUACUACGCCAUGGUAACCGCCAUCCUCGCCAUCACACUCAGCAAGAAGAAGAAGAGAUCGUCCACCAAGGGCAUGUAUCUGCGCGGCGCCCUGUGGACCUUCUUCUGGGUCGUCCAGGUGUGUGUGUGUCUGUCCAGGGUCUUCAUCGCGGCUCACUUCCCUCACCAAGUCUUCGCUGGAGUUUUCACAGGCAUGGCUGUGGCCGAGGCCUUCAACCGAGUGCAGUGGAUCUACAGCGCCAGCAUGAAGAAGUACUUUGGCGUCACGCUCUUCCUCACCUCCUUCGCUGUGGGCUUCUACGUGCUGCUGAAGGCCGUGGGCGUUGACCUGCUGUGGACCCUGGAGAAGGCCCAGACCCACUGCGUCAACCCGGCCUGGGUGCACAUGGACAGCACGCCCUUCGCCAGCCUCCUGCGAAACAUGGGCACCCUUUUCGGCCUGGGCCUGGGCCUGCACUCGCCCCUCCGCACCGAGACCAAGAAGAGCGGCGGCGCCACCUACAGGGCUGGAUGCGUCAUUGCAUCCCUGCUCCUGCUGCACCUGUUCGACUCCAUCAAGCCCCCCACCCACACCGCCGCCCUCUUCUACCUGCUCUCCUUCUGCAAGAGCGCCACCGUUCCCCUGGCAACCGUCAGCAUCAUCCCUUACUGCGUCUCAAGUCUGAUGAACAUGAGCAAAAAGCAGCUCUAAAGAAGCGGGUAACCAUAGCAACGGGGAGGCAUUCUGGAUCACAUUGUCAAGGCAGUGUUUCACCGGUGCUUCACAUUCCAGGACAAAGCCGGAAUGGAAAACAAAACACAUAUUUAUUAAGAACUUUUUGUCUUGGAAAUAAAGUGACUGUUAAGGGUAAUGGCUGAGGGAGUUCAGAUAGCACUUGCUAAAGAAGUACUCUUGAAGCCAUCAGGCUAUUAAAGGACUAUUUUGAGUCCUGCAGUUGAUUACACAUAAUUAAAUUACAUGUGUUUGUUAUACUGUUUUUUGUGCAAUGGUGGGUUUGGCAUCUAAGCCCAACAUUCUUAAUGUAAGGGAUUAAUAUCGAAGGUUAAGGAAAAAGCACAAAUUACUAUUUUUCAAAAAAUGGAAAAAAUUAAAAUUUUGUUUUGUGAA